AUGUCACUAGAAGUAUUUCCAGUUCGGGAUGUUUAUAAUUAUACAGAGUUGACCAGAAGUUACAUGGGAAUUUUCUAUUCCGACAGGUUUGCCAAGUUCUUGAAUACGACUCAGACAGGACAUGCACAUUCUUCUUCUGGGAUGCAAUUUUCCAUAUUGGUGAAGUCAAUAUUCACAUCGCUUUGCCUAUGUUCGCUACAGUUAACACUAUUUUGUUUCUUCAGGCCCAUUUUCAAGUCUCUUUAUCAGCCAAGAUGCUACUGUGUUCCUAACGAUGAGAGAAUGGACUUGCUCCCAAGUGGAUUCCUCUCGUGGGUAAUUCCUACAAUGAAGCAUAAUAUUAACUACUAUUUGUCGUUGGGGCUAGAUGCUUACUUUUUGGUAAGGUUCAUUCAUAUCCUACUCUUAUACUUCAUAUGCGUUGGCUCAAUGAAUAUUUUAAUUCUAAUUCCGUUAAACUGGAGCGGCAGUUCUAGUAAAAAUCCAUCGCAAACUGGGUUAGAUAAGUUAAGUCUCUCUAACAUUUCACCAAGCAAAAUUGAGAGGUUAAAUAUACAUUUUUUGAUGUCGAUAUUCACCAUAGGUUUAUUUCACUGGUUGAUAGUGUAUGAGCUUCAAAGCUUUGUCAAAAUCCGUCAUUCUAGACUACUACUGGAUUUUCAUAAAUCCAAGAUUUCCACAAACACAAUACUAAUAAAGAAUGUUCCUGAGCACUUGAGAAACUAUGAAGCUCUAAGGGACCUUUUCCAGUUAGCAUUGCCUGGAUGUAUAAGGAACAUAUGGUUUCUCUAUGAGUUUAGUCACAUAAAUGAUGAGGUACAGGACCUCGCUGAUACCCUACAGAUACUAGAGUUGGAAGAAAUUUUGCAGCUAUCGAAAAUGUUGCAAAAUAAAGAUGGUUCUUACCAAAAGCAAACCCAGAAGGUGAAUGAGAUCAUGUUUCACCCACCAAUUCAGUUGAAUCCUUUCGUAAUACCGGUUAUUGAUCGACGAGUUCGAAUAAAAUUACCCGGUUGGUUUAGGUACUUGUGCCUUUCUCCAAAAGUUUCACAGAGGCAGUGGUGCAUAGAUUCCUUUGGUAUGAAACUUCAAGCUAUUGACAUGUGGAAGCAAGCCUUAGUGGACGAUAAAAUUAAGAAGCAUAAUAGAGUAUUUAUUCAAUUUAACUCUCAAAGGGAAGCUUGUAUAGCACAUCAAUGCUUAUUAUCCCAGUAUCAGGGUAACUUUGACAAAAGCAUCAUGGAAACUAAUCCCAAGGAUGUGAUCUGGAGCAAUGUAGUAAGAGAAAACUCAAUUGGGUGUCUCAUUGAAAGGUAUUUUGUGACUAUACUCCUUAUAUGUUUGAUAAUCUUAUACGUCAUACCUGUAUCGUUCAUUGGGCUAUUUUCACAUUUACCUUGGCUAAUUCAAAUAUUACCAUUUCUUAAAUGGAUGUAUGCCUUGCCGGAAAACAUUCGAGAAACCAUUCUCAGUCUACUCCCAUCCAUUCUCCUUUCACUACUCACGGAGCUUGUACUAGGAGUCUUCAAAUUUCUCAUCUACUUCAAAGGAAAACCAACCCAAAGCGAACUUGAACUUGAUUUACAAAUUUGGUACUUUGCAUUCUUGUUUGUACAGCAAUUUCUUGUGGUUACUAUUCUGACCAGUGUGACUGUUGUAUUCAAACAGUUGAUAGAUCAGCCUACUUCCAUUCCAGUUUUACUUGCAACGAAUUUGCCGAAGGCAGCUACCUUCUUCUUCCUGUAUAUUUCAGUCAAAGCACUUACUUUCUGUGGCAAUAGCUUUCUCAGGAUUGAUCAAUUGAUCCUUAGGUAUACAAAGCACAAGUUACAAGACAAAACUCCAAGACAGAUUUUCACUAGACUAACCUCACUUUUGAAAGUAAGAUGGGGAUCUGUCUAUCCAGUUUAUUCGGUUUAUGGAUCGAUUGGGUUGGCUUACUGUAUUAUAUCACCAUUGAUAAGCGUAUUCAUUGUAUUCUUUUUGAGCUUAAGUUUACUUUAUUACAAGUAUGCGCUCAGAUAUAUAUAUAGCCAUGUGAAUAACUCAGAGACAAAUGGUCGAUUGUACCCAAUAGCAUUGCUACACUUGUUCUCUGGGGUUUAUUGCUUGGAAUGUUGCAUGAUUGGAACGCUCUUCUUACUGAGAAAUGACAAUGGUAGAUGUCCUUUAAAAUUGCAGGGAUGGAUAAUGCUGCUAAUCUUACUUACUACAAUUUGCUUUCAUAUAACCUUAUACGGACGAUACUAUUAUUACUUUUCAAAUUUACCAAUUUUAGAAGAUAAAUCCACAUCUCAAGAAAGCCAAAUUCACAGAAGGCAUGCACGAGUGGAUGAAUGUGAUAGUACAUCAGUCGACGAGUACUAUCUGAAUUUAAAGUUGCUUAUGUUGCAUCCAUCGUACAGCUAUGAACCUCCAAGAAUAUGGUUACCUGAUGAUGGCCAAGGACUCAGUAGUGCUCAAAUUAAUCAACUAGAAAAUGAGGCUGUUGGAUUGAGCGGAGGUACCAACAAAGGAGCUAAAAUAAAACUAGUAGGAAGAGGGUGGAGCACAAAGAUAUCAAUUUCAGAAGCCCCACCUGACUUCAAAUAG